AUGACCCAAUUUGAAUCUCUAACUUUUGAAUCAAUUACUGUAGCUAAUGUUAACCACCAGUAUUUGAAGGCAGGGGCAGACGAAGUGUUUGCAGAGGUUGGAAUCCACCUAGAUCCAAAGCCCAAAGCAACUGUCAAGGCUUCCCUGCAAGCACACACACAAGCAUCACUGAAAGCCAAAGUCGAUACUGGUGCCCAAGGGAAUAUACUCUCCCUAAGAUUAUACCGUGCGAUAUACCCCUGCAAAAUUGAUCAGAAGGGCAACCCCAAGAGAGGAGCUACAAAGCAUUCCAAUACUAUCCUCACAGCAUAUGGGGGAUCCAAGUUACACCACCAUGGCACCGUCACCAUUGAUUGGGAAUUCAAAGGCAAAAGAUCUGCUGCACGGUUCUAUGUCACAGACACACAAGGCCCUGCUAUUGGCCAACCAACGUCGAUUGACCUCAACCUUGUGAAAUUCAGUUGUGGCAUACUCAAACAAGUGUUACACAGCAACACACUGUGGUCCACCACAAGAACCCCUGAGCAACCACCACUAACCACCAGAACCCCUGAACGACCACCAAUACCCAAACCAAUAAAGAGCGAAGAAGAUUUGAUAGAUCAAUUCCCGAACUGUUUUAAUGGCAUAGGAAAAUUCGAAGGCGAAUACCACAUAUUAAUCAACGACCCAUCAGUCCCACCUGUUAUCCACACUCCGCGACGAGUUCCAAUCAGUCUGAAAGAUGACAUUAAGAAAGAACUCGACGAGAUGGUUGCAAAUGGUAUCAUAACUAAAAUAAACGAAGGAGAGCCUACAAGAUGGGUAAACAGUCUGGUCUACAAGAGGAAACAGAAUCGACGAUUGCGUUUAUGCCUAGACCCAAAAGACCUAAACACAGCUAUCUUAAGAGAACAUCACGCCAUUCCUACCUUGGAAGAGAUUUUACCAAAAUUACACAAAGCAAAGUUUUUCUCAAUAGUCGAUGCGAAGUGUGGCUAUUGGAAUGUGGUACUUGACGAAAAAUCAAGCUAUUUAGCUACCUUUAACUCCCCAUUCGGCUGGUACCGUUUCAAGCGUAUGCCCUUUGGGCUGAACAUGUCACAAGACAUCUUCCAAGCAAAAAUCAACCAAACAUUCGAAGGAUGUAGAGGCGUUGUGGGUAUCGCAGAUGAUAUUGGUUAUCUCUGGCACAACAGAAGAAGAACACGACCAAAAUCUACCCAGCAUAAUGAGCCGGUGCCAAGACACAGGUCUGAGGCUGAACCCGGACAAAUGCCACAUAAAGCAAGAGAAAAUAAAAUUUUAUGA